CGAAACUGUAUAUAUUUUGUCCCAAACCCUUUGUUGUUGUUUCCUCUCUCUCUCUCUCCCCUUCGAAUCCCUAGAGAGAAAGUAGUAGUUUAGAGAGAGAAAGAGAAAGAGAAAAGACUAGUAAAAGACCUCCCCGCUGUCGUCUUCCACAAAACCCCUCCGAUCCCUUCCCCUCUCUCUCUCAAUCAAGUUUUGGUGGAUUUGAAGGCAAAUAUGUCAUCUUUAAGCAGAGAGCUUGUGUUUCUGAUACUUCAAUUUCUAGAUGAAGAGAAAUUCAAAGAUAGUGUUCACAGACUUGAGCAAGAGUCCGGGUUUUUCUUCAACAUGAGAUAUUUUGAGGAAAUGGUAACAAAUGGUGAUUGGGAUGAGGUGGAGAAGUAUUUAUCUGGAUUCACAAAGGUCGAUGAUAACAGAUAUUCAAUGAAGAUCUUCUUCGAGAUCCGAAAGCAGAAGUACCUAGAAGCCCUAGACAAGAAGGAUCGCGCUAAAGGUGUGGAAAUUCUAGUGAAGGACUUGAAAGUAUUUUCAGCUUUUAACGAGGACCUCUUUAAAGAAAUAACACAGCUGUUGACCUUGGAAGACUUUAGAGAUAAUGAGCAGCUAUCUAAAUACGGAGAUACCAAGUCUGCUAGGGGUAUAAUGCUUGGUGAACUGAAAAAGCUGAUUGAAGCGAACCCUUUGUUUCGUGAUAAGCUAACCUUUCCAAAUUUGAAGAAUUCGAGAUUACGGACUCUUAUUAACCAAAGCUUGAAUUGGCAGCACCAGCUAUGCAAGACUCCAAAGCCUAACCCUGACAUAAAAACCCUGUUUGUAGACCAUACUUGCGGGCAGUCACAGCCAAAUGGUGCUCGUGCCCCUUCCCCUGUCACCCACCCAUUAAUGGGCGGUGUUCCUAAAUCCGGGGGUUUUCCACCUCUGGGUGCCCAUGGUCCAUUCCAGCCAGCACCAGCUCCUUUGCCAGCAUCUCUAGCAGGUUGGAUGGCUAAUCCAUCCGCGGUUCCUCACCCAUCUUCUUCUGCUGGGCCCAUUGGUUUCACAACGCCAAAUAAUACUGCUAUUCUGAAGCGGCCCAGGACUCCUCCGAAUAAUGCAGCUGUGGACUAUCAGACAGCAGAUUCUGAACAUGCGCUGAAGAGAUCUAGACCUUUUGGAAUGUCAGAUGAAGUAGUGACCAAUCUGCCUGUCAAUAUUAUGCCUGUUGGAUACGCUGCUCAGGCCCAUGGCCAGAGUUCAUACUCUUCUGAUGAUCUGCCCAAGACCGUUGUUAUGACUUUAAAUCAGGGUUCAGUUGUGAAGAGUAUGGAUUUUCAUCCUGUUCAACAAAUUCUACUACUAGUUGGAACAAACACCGGAGAUAUUAUGCUAUGGGAGCUAGGUAGUCGGGAGAGGCUUGCUGUGAGGAAUUUCAAGGUUUGGGACCUUGGAAAAUGCUCAAUGCCUUCGCAGGCAUCUCUAGCCAAUAGUUAUACUGCACCAAUCAACCGUGUGAUUUGGAGUCCUGAUGGUACCUUGUUUGGUGUUGCAUAUUCCAAGCACAUUGUCCACAUAUAUUCGUACCAUGGUGGUGAUGAUGUAAGAAACCACCUAGAGAUCGAAGCUCAUGGUGGUAGUGUUAAUGAUCUUGCAUUCUCUUAUCCAAACAAGCAACUUUCAGUUGUCACGUGUGGGGACGAUCGGGCCAUUAAGGUGUGGGAUGCGGUUACAGGGACUAGGCAGUAUAUUUUUGAGGGUCAUGAAGCUCCUGUCUAUUCCGUGUGUACACAUUAUAAAGAAAGCAUUCAGUUUAUCUUUUCAACGGCAACUGAUGGGAAAAUAAAGGCAUGGUUGUAUGACAACCUGGGUUCUAGAGUUGACUAUGAUGCUCCAGGUCAUUCAUCCACCACAAUGGUGUACAGUGCUGAUGGGACCAGGUUGUUCUCCUGUGGGACCAAUAAAGAAGGGGAUUCAUUCCUUGUGGAGUGGAAUGAAGGUGAAGGAGCUGUCAAGCGUACAUAUCAUGGUCUUGCAAAAAGAUCUGAAGGGGUUGUGCACUUUGAUACCACUAAGAACCGAUUCUUGGCAGCUGGCGACGAGUCCUUGAUCAAAUUCUGGGACAUGGACAGUGUUAAUUUAUUGACUACUACUGAUGCAGAUGGUGGAUUACUGGCUUCUCCUUGUAUCCGAUUCAACAAACAAGGGUUUUUGUUGGCUGUUUCAACAAAUGACAAUGGUAUCAAAAUUCUAGCAAAUACAGAUGGGAACAGAGUACUACGGAUGGCCGACAGCCGGUCAUUUGAUGCUUCUAGAGCUGGCUCUGCGGCUGUUGUGAAGGCCCCUACACUGGGAACGUUUGGUGCUGCUAAUGCACCUGGUGGAUCUAGCAUCAUAGACCGAGCUGCUUCGAUGGCAUCCAUUGCUGCAAUGAAUGGUGAUAAUCGAAGUUUGGCAGAUGUAAAACCCAGAAUAGCUGAUGAGUCAGCGGAUAAAUCUAGGAUCUGGAAACUGACAGAAAUCAAUGAACCAUCACAAUGUCGAUCCCUGAGGCUUCCAGAUACUUUGCCAGCAACAAGGGUUUCUAGGUUGAUGUAUACAAAUUCAGGACUGGCCAUUUUGGCACUAUCAGUUGAUGCGGCGCACAAGCUCUGGAAAUGGCAGAGAAAUGAUCGGAACUUGACUGCCAAGGCAACUGCUAGUGUUGCACCACAGCUUUGGCAACCUUCAAGUGGAAUAUUGAUGACAAAUGAUGUUCGUGAUACAAAUCCAGAGGAUGCUGUUCCGUGCUUUGCACUUUCAAAGAAUGACUCUUAUGUUAUGUCAGCUUCAGGAGGGAAAAUCUCGUUAUUUAACAUGAUGACGUUCAAGACAAUGACAACAUUCAUGCCCCCUCCACCUGCUGCAACAUUUCUAGCUUUCCAUCCUCAAGACAAUAAUAUCAUUGCUAUAGGCAUGGAUGACUCUUCUAUCCAAAUAUAUAAUGUUCGAGUUGAUGAGGUCAAAACCAAGCUCAAAGGACAUCAGAAAAGAAUAACAGGCCUCGCCUUCUCUAAUGUUCUCAAUGUGUUGGUAUCUUCAGGUGCUGAUUCUCAGUUGUGUGUUUGGAGCACAGAUGGAUGGGAAAAGCAAACAAGUAAACACUUGCAGAUUCCAAGCGGGCGAACACCUCCUCCUCUUGCAGAUACCCGCGUGCAAUUUCACCAGGAUCAGAUUCACCUACUGGCAGUCCAUGAAACUCAGAUAGCCAUAUAUGAAGCUACUAAGCUGGAAUGUCUUAAGCAGUGGCCCCGUGAAGCAAGUGUUCAGAUCACACAUGCUGCAUAUUCCUGUGAUAGCCAAUCAAUAUAUGUCAGUCUUGAAGAUGGAAGUGUUGGUGUUCUCACUGCUUCAAACCUCAGAUUGAGAUGCCGAAUUAACCCGACUUCCUAUCUUCCGCCCAACCUAAGCUCAAGAGUUCACCCCCUUGUCAUUGCUGCACAUCCAUCCGAACCUAGUCAAUUUGCGCUAGGACUUACCGAUGGUGGAGUCUACGUCCUUGAGCCACUAGAAGCAGAAGGGAAAUGGGGCACCUCUCCUCCUCAUGAUAAUGGUGCUGGUCCUAGCACCACCUCUGGUGCACCGAAUUCAGAUCAACCCCAAAGCCAAAGGUGAAGAUUCACCUCCUCUGUCGCACCCAAUUCAGAUCAACCUCAAAGGUGAAGAUUCCAGAUUGUAUCUCUCUUUUAUGGGUUUCGCCGUAAUUUUUUCUCAAGUGGAAGCUCAAGAUUUUUUUGUUUUAGCAAGUGACGGUGAAAAAUCUAGUUUAUCUAGUUCUUGUAGAUGUAGGCUACUCUUUACUCAGCCUAUAGUAUAGUUAAAGGGGUGUUGGUGGUGCCAGAUUUUUUCAGAUCCUAGAGAUGGUGCUGAUUCUCCUCAUUGGACUUGUUUUUUUUUUUACUUUCUUUUCCUCCUUCAGUUUGCUCAGAAAGGCUGUACGUUGAUUAAUUUGUUCUUUAUAGUCAAUAAGAUAAGCAAGCUUAGCUGAA